GUUUCUCUACAAUCAAGAAGAGGCGCUAGUUGUUCAUUUCUGGAGCUUUCUGAAAAUCUGCGCCGGCUCAAGAGUGUGCAUUCACGAUUCAUCACGUAUCUUUAGGAGCAUAAAAGAACGAGUUGCGAAAAAUAGAACGAAAAUAUCAUUGUUCCGAAGUUAAGCGUUAUGGACCAGAUAAAUGCAUUAAAACAGAAAGGUAAUUCUGCUUUACAAGAAGGAAGAUACGAGGAAGCUAUUAGGUACUAUACAGAAGCAAUUGAUUUAGAUAAAAACAAUCAUGUUUUAUAUAGUAAUAGAUCUGCAGCAUACGCUAAAGCAGGAAAAUAUAAACAAGCAUUGGAAGAUGCUGAAAAAACUGUAAAGUUAAAGCCUGAUUGGGGAAAAGGAUAUUCGCGGAUGGGCAGUGCAUUGGCUUACUUGGGCAAAUUUAAUGCAUCUAUCAAAGCGUAUGAAACUGGCUUACAAUACGAGCCUGACAAUAUUCAACUUCAAAAUAGUUUAGCUGAAGUAAAAGCUCAGCGUUUAAUGGUUGCUGAUCCUUUCAACAGACCAGAUUUAUUUAUGAAGCUUGCAAGUGAUCCUAGAACCAAAGGCUUUUUACAAGAUCCAGAAUAUUUAAAACUUUUGGAUAAGCUCAGAAAUAAUUCAGAGGCUACUAUUGAGAUGUUAUCAGAUAAGAGAAUACACACAACUCUUAGUGUUUUAAUGAAUAUGGAUACCGAUGCAGAAACGCCAAUGGAAACUGAUGAGCUUCAGCAGUCAGAACUUCCAAAAACUAAACAAGAACCACCUAAACCUCAGAAAAAAGAAGAAGAUUGUAAUACUCCUCAAAAACAAGCACAACGUGAAAAGCUGUUGGGUAAUGAUGCUUAUAAACAAAAAAAGUUUGAGAUAGCCCUUCAACACUAUAACAAAGCAGUAGAUUUAGAUCCUACUGAAAUUAUUUACUUACUGAACAUAGCAGCAGUAUAUUUUGAACAAAAAGAAUAUGACAAAUGUAUUGCCCAAUGUGAAAAGGCCAUCGAAGUAGGAAGAGAAAAUAGAGCAGACUUUAAGUUAAUAGCUAAAGCAUUUACUAGAAUUGGACAUGCAUACAAAAAAAUGGAAAACUGGAAACAAGCUAAGGUGUAUUAUGAAAAAUCCAUGUCAGAACAUAGAACACCCGAAAUUAAAACUCUUCUUUCAGACAUUGAUAAAAUCAUUAAAGAAGAAGAACGGAAAGCAUAUAUUGAUCCAGUAAAAGCAGAAGAAGAAAAAGAAUUGGGAAAUGAAAAAUACAAGGAGGGUGAUUAUCCAGCAGCUAUAAAACAUUACUCAGAAGCUAUCAAAAGAAAUCCUGAUGAUCCAAAAUAUUAUAGCAAUAGAGCUGCCUGUUAUACCAAAUUAGCAGCAUUUGAUCUCGGAUUGAAAGACUGCGAGAAAUGUGUUGAAAUUGAUCCCAAAUUUAUCAAAGGUUGGAUAAGGAAAGGAAAAAUAUUACAGGGAAUGCAACAACAAGGAAAAGCACUUACUGCUUAUCAAAAAGCAUUGGAAUUAGAUCCUUCAAAUAGUGAGGCACUAGAAGGAUACCGUUCAUGUGCUGUUUCUGUUAGUUCGAAUCCUGAGGAAGUAAGAAAGAGAGCAAUGGCGGAUCCAGAAGUUCAAAGUAUAUUACGAGAUCCUGCAAUGAGACUUAUUUUAGAACAAAUGCAAAGCGAUCCUAGAGCUUUACAAGACCAUCUGAAGAAUAAAGAUGUAGCGGCAAAACUACAAAAACUCCUGGAGUCAGGUCUCAUAGCUAUUCAUUGAAAAUGAAAAUAUCUGUAUUUGUGCAUAGCUUUGUGCAUGACAUUUUAUUGUCGACAAGUUCCUUUGAUAUUGAGGAAACAGUGCUGUUCAUUCUAUUUUUAUGUAUUAGAAAUACGUUAUUUAACCAAGCAGGUCGUCUAAUGGCAUGUUCACUAUAUAUCUGCGUUUUAAAAAGUCAUUUUCAAGUAUACGUUUCGUUACAAGAUAUUUUUGCGCGAAUGCAGUGGCCUUCUGGUCAUAGACCACUUUUGAGUUGUAAAUCUUGUUACAAUAGCUCUGUAUGUUUUGCCUCAUAAGAGUGUAACUCUAUGAAAAUCAACGUAUUAUGUAAUAACAAACUUUUACAUAAGGUUACACUUCCAAUUGCAAAUCUUAAAUACGAUCAAUAUCAAGUAUGCAAAUAUUUUCAAUUUGUUAUACAUAUAUAGUCUAGGUUAAAUGAGUUAUUGCAUUAACUCUAACAUUUCCAUGCGUCGAAUAUGUAUAUCUAGAUUUACGUCGUAAGUGAAUACAAUUUUGGUUUGAAGUACAGUGUAACCAUGAAGGAAAAUAAUAAUAGCAGUAAUUACGAUUGUAA